UGAUGUAAAAUCUAAAUCUUUCAUUGUCAGGUUAUAUCAUCAUAACAUUAUAGUCAUCAAUUUGUUGUAAAUUCAUUUAUUAAUUUUGUGUUUACCAUUUUUCCACCGGGUUUAUCAAUAUGUCUGACGUUGGAGAUGCUAAUCCUUUUGCUGACCCAUUCGGUGAUCCUUUUCAAGAUCCAUCUAUAAUUCAGGCUACUACCACCAACCAGUCGGUUAAUCAACCAGCCGUUUUACCUACAUCGGUUGUUAACAGUAGUAAAUCAAGCAGUCUUGGGGGAGUUUCUGGAUCCGCUCCACCUCCUUAUACUCCAACUCCGACUUCAUAUAAUCAAAAUCCAACUCCUAAUCAAACAUUGAGUCAAGCUGAAUUACAAAGGCGUCAAGAAGAGCUCGAAAGGAAAGCUGCGGAAUUAGCGGCUCGUGAAGAGGCCCUUAAAAAUUCUCAAAAUAACAUAAGGGAAAACAAUUGGCCUCCAUUGCCUAAAUUUUGUCCAGUUGGUCCAUGUUUCUAUCAAGAUAUUAAUGUGGAAAUUCCCCCUGAAUUCCAGAACAUCAUUACUUAUGCAUAUCGUCUUUGGAUGCUUAACGUUGCAGUAUUGUUUGCAAAUUUUAUCGGCGGAUUAGCGAUAUUUAUCGGAGAUGGUGAUCACGAAAUAUUUUCGGCGUCUAUUCUUAUGUUACUCUUCUUGACUCCACUAACAUUUCUUUGUUGGUUUAGACCACUUUACAAAGCCUUCAGGAGUGACAGCUCGGUUAAUUUCAUGGUAUUCUUCUUUAUUUUCUUUUUUCAAUGUGUGUUUUCCGUGUUUUGGGCUCUGGGUCUCCCCUCUGGCGCUGCAUGUGGUCUCAUAACUGCUCUGAAAACCCACCACAGUAUUGGAUUAAAAGUAUUCAUCUGGAUUGUCGCUAUUAUUUUGAUUGUUAACGCAGUAGCAAAUAUACUAGUCCUUCUCAGGGUUCAUAGCAUCUAUCGUCAUACUGAUGCAAGUUUGGCUAAAGCACAAGAAGAAUUCCGUCACUCAGUUUUCACGAAUGAGCUAACUAGACAAGCAACCAGUGCAGUGGCUACUUCUCUUACUCGUCAAGCCUUCGGAGGAGUUAGUACUCAAGGAUCAGGAAAUGCGGGACCUGGAUUAAGAUACUAGACUGUUAUCCCAAAAUAAAACUUUCCUAUUGAUAAAAAAUUAUUUGAAAUCUAACUUAUAAAAUAACACUUUAAUCCAAUUCAAUCCAAAUUCACAAAGUUCAAGUUGAUAUUUGUCGUGAUCGUCAGUGAAAUUAAAAAUAUUUUGUUGAAUAA